AUGAGUAUUGUUGGUGUUGCUCGUGGUGAUCUCGCUGGUGUCGCUCAUGGUGAUCUCGCUGGUAUUCUACUAAGAAUUCUCAAUGGUUUAACUGGGAAUUAUAUCCUUUUAGGCCAAGAAGAACUAGGAGAGGCGUAUGACCCGUUAAGAGGCCAACAAGCUAAAAGUAGCAAAAGAGUUUUGUUUGUGAGGAAUUUGAUCUGGGAAGUUGCUGGCUUUGCCCCAUAUGAGAAGAGAAUCACCGAGCUUCUUAAAGUUGGAAAGGAUAAGAGAACACUAAAAGUGGCUAAGAGAAAGUUGGGAACUCACAAGCGAGCAAAGAAGAAGAGAGAAGAGAUGUCCAGCGUCUCCACAAGAUGA